AAGCGCACUCGGGCGAGCGCACAGGGAAGUGAACGCAGUCGCGAGACAGAAAUCUUACAUUGGACUGACAUUGUGUUUUUGAUGACAAACUAGCAGAUGCGGUUGUGUUAGCAGGAGGAAUGACCACGUUGACGAAGCGCACCCGGCGUGUGGAGACUCCAGCGGAUGGAGGGAGUAACGCUGAGGAGAGGGAGGAGAAGAAGAGAGACGAGGAGGAAGAAGAGAUCGACACCGACUCCAAAUCACUGAGACUCACACUGAUGGAGGAGAUCCUGCUGCUGGGACUCAAGGAUAAAGAGGGCUACACGUCCUUCUGGAACGACAGCAUCUCGUCGGGUCUGCGCGGGUGUAUUCUGGUGGAGCUAACGCUACGAGGACGAGUUCAUCUGGAGCCGCCGAGCUCACGUCGCAGGAAACUGCUGGACCGCAGGGUGUUGUUCAAGUCGGCGGCUCCCACCGGUGAUGUUCUUCUGGAUGAAGCGCUGAAACACAUCAAGAACACAGAACCACCAGAGGACGUGUCCAGCUGGAUCGAGCUGCUCACAGGCGAGAGCUGGAACCCGCUGAAGCUGCACUAUCAGAUGCGUAACGUGCGCGAGCGUCUGGCGAAGAGUCUGGUGGAGAAGGGCGUGUUGACGACGGAGAAGCAGAACUUCCUGGUGUUCGACAUGACCACACACCCGCUGACGGACGGCGCGGAGAAGCAGCGGCUCGUGCGGCGGCUGCAGGACACACUCCUGGAGCGCUGGACCAACGACCCGCUGCGCAUGAGCCGGCGCGCGCUGGCGCUGGUGCUGCUGGCACACGUGUCCGACGUGCUGGAGAACGCCCUGUCCUCGCUGCCCGACGAGCGCUACGAGCUAGCCAGCACGCGCUCGCGGAGCCUGACCGAGGCCGAGCCGGAGACGGAGAGCGCGCGGGUCACGACCCCGGCCGAGGAGAUGAUCUGGGCCGUUCUGGCCGCGUUCAAGUCCUGAGAACGCAAGCAGCGCCACGACCGCCAGUCUCUCGUGACUCCAGCGCUGACGGGAG